GUUACGAUUCGGUGAACUGUCAGAAUUUGGCGCGCGUUUCGGUUCUCGUUCUUUUUCUUUCAUUGGUGUCGUGUCAGUGCAAUGGACAUUAUUUUAUAUCACACGUUUUUAAUUAUAAAAUAAUUGUUCUAUUAUAAUAAUUAUGGAAGAAAGUGCUUAUUAAGUGAUAAAAAGUGUAUUUUGCUCAAUUUAAUUAAGUACAAAAUAAGUUCAGAAUGUUAACAAUAUUCCGUAAAAUAUAAUCACUUACAAUAAGGACCCACAUACUUAUGAAUAUUUUUAAACCUAAAGUACGAGUUGAAAAGACAAACAAACCAACUUAAUUCGAAAUAAAAACCGUUAAAAAUGAGCUACAACAGAAUGUACGACAGCUACAACAACAAUAACUACAAAGAUUACGAAUUUCAAAAGGACGAAAAAGAACUUUUAAACGAUCAGUGUUGCCAAGUGAAAAAUGAGCACAAAAACGGGGAAAUUAUGGAAGAUAAGGAUGAUGGGCAUGUCCAACACGUUUUAGGGCCCAGCAGAAGAUGUUUGGCCUGGGCUUGCAAAGCUUGCAAGAGAAAAACGGCGGCAGUCGACCGACGGAAAGCUGCAACACUGAGAGAGCGACGGCGGCUACGAAAAGUAAACGCAGCAUUUGAAGAGCUGCGCAUCAGAGCGCGAGCUGGUAGCGGGAGACUGCCGAAACUGGAGAUAUUACGAGCUGCAAUACAGCAUAUAGAGAGACUGCAAGCUGCACUGAGAGCUGCGGCCGUGUUGGAGUCUGAAAGCUGCAAGAGUUACAUGGAGUCGCCUGUGACGUCACAGCGCACUUACGAAACAAGAGAUAUGAAGACAGAAAAAGAAAAACCUUUCCUAAGCAAUGACACAAGUUCCUGUGGUGUAAACAGUCUAGCUAGAUUACGAUGUAUCGUGCAAGCUCUUUCUAGUAAUAGUAAAGACACGCCGUGACCUAAUUUAUAAUUAUAAAGGUUUAUUAGGUAGGUAAUAAAGUCAAAAUAAACUAGUAAAAGUUAACUGAUAAAAAGACGACAUUGCCUUAAUCGAAUGAAGCGCCACCUACUGAGCGCAAAUAUCGAUGGAAGCUAUCUAGCAAACUAUUCUGUAUGUACAAAAAUGUUUCAUCAAUGUUGGUCGAGCCAUUUAGGAGGAAUAUUAUAUUAAAAUACCUACCCAAGUUUUUUUUUAAUUUUAAAUUCCGACUGGAUAGGAUCUCGACAAAAAUACUGUUCUCUCAUGACGUCAUAUUUUUGUAGUGCAAUAUCGAUAAAACUAUUUAUAACAAAGUCUUGUUAGUGACACUGUUUACAGCUCUAAGACGGCUGGUCAGAAAUUCAUCAUCUUUGAUUUGUUACAUUUCGUCUCCGCCCUAAAUAGCAGGAGACCUAUUAAAAUAUCAAACGUCACACACAUAUAAAAGAAAAAAGUAUUCACCAAAAGUGAACAGGUAGCUACACUUUAAAAUUUAAUGACGUAAAAAAAAAAGAUUUUGACUGUUGACUUCAGUUAAACGCAUUUUUAAGAGACAAAUUAUUACAUCUAAAAAUAUAUAGAUUAUUAUAAUAUUUCAGAGACAGGGCUUCAAAUAUAGCAACCAAUUUGAAAAAUGACACUCAGUUUAAUAAUAAUAUGCAGUGGUACUUCUGUAUCCAAAAAAGAAAAGAUCAAGAAAAUCUGUCCAGGCGUUUUCGAGUUAGGUAACAACCAAAUAUUUAUAUAUAAAUUGUGCAAAGAGUAGUUAUGUUUUUAUACCAAUACUAGCGAGCCCGACAGACGUUGUCCUGCACAUUAUUACGAUAUUUCAAGAUCUUAAGAUUUAAAUUACCUAGACAUCGACAGCAGUGCCAUCUGCCGGGCUGAUUUGUGAAUCUAAACCAUCCAGGGCGCCACUCAAA